AUGGCCGAAUUCUUCAAACCGGCGCCAGAGCCUCCCACGGAGCUUGGUCGCUACAGAAUCCUGUCCUCGACAGCCGGGGUGCGAGUAUCGCCUCUGCAGCUUGGUGCCAUGAGCAUUGGCGAAGCAUGGAAAGAUGUCUUGGGAAGUAUGAAUAAGGAGCAAUCUUUCCAAUUGCUAGAUGCAUAUUUCGAGGCGGGCGGGAAUUUCAUCGACACCGCGAACAACUACCAGAACGAGGAAUCGGAAAAAUGGCUCGGUGAAUGGAUGGAAGCUCGCGGCAACAGGGAUCAAAUAGUCCUCGCCACGAAAUACACGACCCCGUACCGCAACUAUGACAUCGGACCGGCAAAACCGAAGGGAGCUCCCCAAACGGUCAACUACAGCGGGAACACGAAGAAGAGUCUCCAUCUCAGCGUACGUGACUCGUUGAAGAAGCUGCGCACCGACUACCUCGACCUCGUGUAUCUCCAUUGGUGGGAUCACAGCACCUCGAUCGAGGAGGUGAUGGAUUCGCUGGACAUCCUGGUCAAGCAAGGCAAAGUCUUGUAUCUCGGCAUCUCCGACAGCCCGGCCUGGGUGGUUAGCGCGGCCAACGAGUACGCCAAGUCGCACAACAAGACGCCCUUCAGCGUCUACCAGGGCCGGUGGAACCUCAUGCUCCGAGACUUUGAGCGGGAAAUCAUCCCCAUGGCCAGGCACUACGGAAUGGCCCUCGCGCCGUGGGACGUGCUGGGCGGCGGCAAGUUCCAGACCAAAAAGGCCAUCGAGGAGCGGAAGAAGCGAGGCGAAGGACUUCGUGGGCUCACUGGGCCCGGUGAGCAGAUGGAGCUCGAGGCCAAAGUCAGCGAGGCACUCGAACAGGUCGCCUUGGAGCACGGCAACUGCUCCAUCACCGCCAUUGCAUUGGCUUAUGUGAUGAGUAAGACGAUCAAUGUCUUCCCCAUCGUGGGCGGCCGCAAAGUGGAGCAUCUCAAGGACAACAUCAAGGCCCUCAGUAUCAAGCUGUCGGACAAACAGAUCGAACAUCUCGAGAGCGUUGUGCCGUUCGAUAUCGGGUUUCCAAACAAUUUCAUCGGUCCGGACCCGAAGGUGACUGGUCAACCUAAUCCACUGACGGCCACGAGCGCCCAGAUUGCGUGGCUACAGGGUCCUAAGGCUAUCGGGCGGGAGUAG